GUUCCCUCAUGUUACUUCUCUUAGUAAUUGAUCUUCCUCAACAACAAACACAGAAAGCAAAAAGGGCCGCGUGUGUCACCAUCAACUACAGCGGGGUAUACUUCCUUGAGGGAGAAGUGACAUAAGACAGCCAGGUAAAGAUGUUGCUGCCCAACCUGCCGCCUCCUGAGGAAGGUGUCCGCCAUCGUCAGUGCAACACCCAGGCCUUCAUGAAUGCUCGACCUCUAGGCUCAGGAACACUUUACAUCGCUGAGAGCAGAGUGUCGUGGGCCAAAGAUGGUGCAGACGGUGGGUUUUCUUUGGAGUAUCCUCACAUUGCCAUUCAUGCUGUGAGCCGAGAUGUAUCAAGCUUCGCCCAUCCAUGUUUGUAUCUGAUGGUUGAUGCCAAGUUAGAGGACUCUCAAGCCGUUACACCCAAUGGAGUGGAAGGAUCUGAUUCUGAGGAGGAAGACGAUGAAACAGCCAUGACGGAAGUUCGAUUCGUGCCAACAGACCAGUUCUCGUUGGAGCCCAUGUACAAAGCCCUUAAUGACUGCCAGCUUCUUCAUCCGGAUCCCGAGGAUGUGCAGUCUGAUGAAAAUGUUGGAGAAGAGGAUGACGAUGAUGAAGGGGAAUAUGAUGUGAGUGAAAAUGGUUACCAUAUGUAUGGAUCUCAUGAGACCACCCUGGAAGGAGCAGAACCCAGCUUGGUGACACCAGGCGGGAGUCAUGAAGCAAGAAACGGGGACCUGGAGGAUGAUGAAGCCAUGGAAACGGGACAGUUUGAUGAUGCAGACAUGUGAAAAGAAAGUGGAACUGAAAAUCUUUUUAGAAAAGGCCGUGAAGUCUCUGACUAUCUGUAAGUAAAAAGUUUUAAGAUAUCUAGAGAAAGUGACAAUAAAAGUCUACACCUGAUCAACAAAUAAAGAAGUGCAUUUAGUUGAAUGUAUGAUAUACGCACUAUAGAGUCUAAAACAAGUAAUUUUUUGGGGAAACUUGCUUACCAAAAUGAAAAUUUUGUCAGUUGCAUUGUGGUAGUACUGUAUAGUAAUUGACAAUAUGUACAGUAUAUAAUAACUACUAUGUAAUUAAAGUGAAGAAUAUGGCAAAGGAAUUUUAACAGUUUAUACAACAGCUACUGUAUUUUGUACAAUUGCAUAGAUAAGCUAUUUCUAGAUUAAAUAAAUAAAAUACAGUACCUGUACUGUAAUUUUGAAAUUGAUGAUAUGGAGAGUUUUGAUCAUUACUGUACAGUACUUUGAAAGUUUUUAGGUACAGGUGUGCAGUAUAUAAGAGUUAGUGCUGUAUACUUGUCCCUGUUGUUUACUUAGUUCUUCUGCUAUACAGCUUGGUGGCUUAUUUGUUACAACCUCCACAUGCUAUAAGCUCUGCAAAGUACUCAAGAUUCCUACAUAUAAUUAUUUAUUGAAAAAAUAAAAGCAGUUUGGUAAACUUGGUUAUGGUUACAGCUCUACAGUAUAUGGCUAAUUGAUUAAACAACCAAAGUUUUAUAAGUUGUUAUUAAAAUAUCUUGGUGGUUUACCUGUUUUGAUAUGUCUCUUGAUGAUGGUAUUCCUCUCACAACACAGACGACCUCAUAUUACAAAUUGUAUAAGCUAAACAGUUAGAAAACAUGGUUUGAGAUAUAUUCCUUCAAAUGCUUGGUUAAUAAGAGACUUCUGGAAAAGCUUGUGUUGGUACAGUACAGUAUUUUAGGUCCUUGUGUUCCAAAUAUUUAUAAGGUUAGUUGUGACGUUCUUGGAAUUCUUUUGGGUCUCGUGAAUCUGUGUGAAUUGUUAAUUAGAUAAUGUGUCACCUUAUCUGUGUCAAGUUAAUUGUGUUCAUUGUCAAUAUUUUUUUGCAAUUAAUAUUUUUUGACAAAAUACCAAAUAAACCAAGAUCAGUUU